GCCCCUGGCAGCCUGCGCUCGCCAUGAAGCGGCCCAGGGAGCCGAGCGGCUCCGACUGCGAGUCCGACGGACCCAUCGACGUGGGCCGCGAAGGCGAUCUGAGCCAGAUGGCCAGACCGCUGUCCUCUCCCAGCCCUUCGCAGAUGCAAGCCAGGAAGAAACGCAGAGGGAUCAUAGAGAAACGGCGUCGAGAUCGUAUAAACAGCAGCCUUUCUGAAUUGCGGCGCUUAGUCCCCACUGCCUUUGAGAAACAGGGUUCUUCCAAGCUGGAGAAAGCUGAGGUCUUGCAGAUGACCGUGGAUCACUUGAAAAUGCUCCAUGCCACUGGUGGGACAGGAUUCUUUGAUGCCCGAGCCCUGGCAGUUGACUUCAGGAGCAUUGGUUUUCGGGAGUGCCUCACUGAGGUCAUCAGGUACCUGGGGGUCCUGGAAGGGCCCAGCAGCCGAGCAGACCCUGUCCGGAUUCGCCUUCUCUCCCACCUCAACAGCUAUGCGGCUGAGAUGGAGCCUUCGCCCUCRCCUGCUGGCCCCCUGGCUUUCCCUGCUUGGCCCUGGUCUUUCUUCCAUAGUUGUCCAGGGCUGCCAGCCCUGAGCAACCAGCUCGCCAUCCUGGGAAGUGUGCCUGGCCCUGUCCUCCCCAGCACCUCCUCUCCUGCUUACCCCAUCCCAGCCCUCCGAACCGCACCCAUUCGCAGGGCYACUGGUACCAUCCUGCCGGCACGGAGGAAUUUAUUGCCCAGUCGAGGGGCAUCUUCCACCCAGAGGGCCCGCCCYCCAGAGAGGCCAGCUGCCCCUCUUCCCAUGGCCUCCAGCAGCAGGGCUGCCAGGAGCAGCCACACCGUUCCCCUCCUGCAGUCCUCCUCCCCAAGACCCCCUAGUGCUGUGGGCUCUGCAGCUUAUGUGGCUGUGCCAGUCUCCAGUCCAUCUCCCACRGGGCCAGCUGGGAGGCCUGCAGGUGCUGUGCUCUACCACUCCUGGGUCUCUGAAAUCACUGAAAUCGGAGCUUUCUGAGCUUACUCCCCCACCCCCAGGUUCCCAGGAUCAUAAGAAAGGUUCUUAUUUCAGAAGCUCUAAAAAUGAUGCAGCCUCUUCUGCUUUGCUUCCCGGAUGGGCUUCUAUGUGAAAGCACCUUCCUCACCCAUCAGAAGCUCUCUCCUCCUCACCGCUCAGCCCAGCCUGUCCACUCGGCUCCCAUGGACCCCUUCUGAUCUCAGAGGCUCCGUCCCGUUUCUCACCUGCACAGAUGAGUCAUAGUGCCUCAUGAGACCCUAAGAGCUGUGCCCAGCCCCCUCUCCUGCCCAGWAUUCAUGAACCAUGGGUCUGGGGUGGAAGCUUGAACCGUGAAGCUUGCCAUGGUCCAAGGCUCGCUGCCUCUAUGGAGAGGUCAGACCCUAGUCAGGAACAAUGACUGGCUGUAACCAUCCUAGGCCAAGGAACUGGAACAUACUGUCUGUCUCAUUUCCUGGAGAUGGUAACUGAGCAGAGGCCACUAAGAGGUCUCUUGGGCACCCUGUCUGCCCCUGCCUACCCCAUCACAGUGAACCACAGGACAAACCCAUUCUCUAUUACAACCAAGCCUGGACGACGGAAGCCCAGCAGGUCCUGCUCUACUUCCCUCCAGCUGCAGACACCCACCAUCCUUGAGACUAAGAGUUCCCUGCUCACAUCUGGCUCAAAAAGCCAGGCCAGGGGGCUUCUGAGCAGUGGCAAAGCUCUGUGACAGGGUGUCCUCACUGCCAGGCAGGAGUCAGGAUUGAGGAACAGAGAACCCAGCUYCUGGGUGUGUGGUCUUUCCCCAUGGGGACACAGUGUGGCGGGACCACGUGAUGGCACCCAGAGAGGCAUCCUCUUGGGAUUCAGCACCAGACGUCUGAGCCGCCUGGUUUGCAUCCGGCUCAGAGAGCCCAGACUGCCGCCACAGCCAAGGGCUGUCAGACUGAACAAAAAUAACCGUGAGGAGGGGCAGAAGGAAGAACAUUCAGAGGCAUCUGGGCCCUUCAAGGUCACGCAGGGGGUCRAGGGCCUGAGAGCCUGUUCACCCAGAUUCCACACAGCUGGCUCUGCUUAGAGGCAGCUCCCAUUCCCCAGCUCUGCCCUGGGCCAUUUUCCUCUAACAGAAGGAAUACAUGGCCCAGMGACCCUUCCCAGAGGAACAGCAGACUGAACCUGCUUUCAGGAUUGCCAUAUCARUUGAUAAAGUGCAGAAACACUUCUGAACUUGUUGGUAAACACCUGCUUCCCAYGAGUGCCUCCCAGUGCCCCCCACCACCUGGCAUUUCCCCAGGACCACCAUGAUCUGGUGAAUGCCUGACAGACCCAAGACUGUGGGGUCCUGGAGCUGGCAAUKCACUGGUGCGCAUGUCAUACUGGUUAUUAAAUAUUUUGAUGUCCCCUGCACCCCGGGGUAAGAUUCUCUCACUCCCAGCCUUUGAUGGAACCACCUUCCCCAGAGGCUGCAUUGAGCAGACUCCAUCAAUAGAGUUUUCAGAAACCAUGGGGCAAAGGGCCCUUUCAGAGCAGUGGGGCAGAGAUCAAUUUGAGUGACCAGAAAGCUCUUUUGAAAAGAGAAAUUCCUCAAGGAGGGAGAAAGAGGUAAGUUCUUCUUUUACCGCUAAGCAGAGCUAGUUUGAUGAAGUCGCCGUCCUGUGGCAAUCAUUGAGAAGUGCUUCAGCCAGGAGGGGUGACAUUGCAGAGAGAGGGCCACUGGCAGGGGAUGUGCUAGAGGAAGAUGGAUGGAGGGAAGGCAGGACAGAUCCACAGGCUCCCAAAAGUGGGGAGAGGGGAACAGAGAAGGUGACAGAGGCAAAGACCAGACUUAGAUUUCUCACAAGGGGCACACUCAGGAUGGGAAGGACUCCCCAGCUCCUCCCUCAACACUCCUCUACUUCUCCAUCCCCCGCUCCUUGCUCUCCUGCUGCUCCCAGGAUGCUAGGGCCAUCUUUUAGCAUCCAACCCAUCAUUCACUGCUACCUGGGCUGUAGGAAACACAUUUCCAUGUUGCAGGUACCCAGCUCCAAACAGUGCAUCACCACCACGGAAAUUAAGUGGAAAUGGCCCGGCACUUUGAGCAUCUKGGUUGGCCUUAAGUUCAUUCCCCCCAAGAGAUUGUGGGAAAGUGGUGGCGUGUUCCCAUGGCUGGGGAGUGGGAUCUUUUUUUUUUUUCCUAUUCCCAAGCUUUCCAGGUGCCCCAACUCCCCCCUCACCCCGCCCCACUGUGGGGGUGUUGUAGACAGCCAAYAGAGUUUUUGAGUUCUUCUAGAAAACUCCAAUAGAUUCUUAAAUGUCUCUGGAGUCUGUCCACUUCUGUCUGGACCUGUUGCCACCACCCUGGCAUGGCCACAUCACUUCUCCCCCAGAUCACUGUCCCAAUCCACAAGGUCUCCUCCCUUCCCUCUUACCUUGUCUGACAGUUCUCAACAGCAACCAGAGAGAAUCUGAAUAYGCAGAUCACAUUGUAUUACCCCUGGUCCAAACUCCUCUUCUGUUACCCUGUUAUAUUAUUUUUCUUGAGGGGUGGGGGUACUGCUAAUUGAACCCAGGGUACUCUACCACUGAGCUAUAUCCCUAGCCUGUAUUUUUUUUUUUUUUUUUUUGAGGCAGGGUCUUGCUGAGUUGCUGAGACUGGCUAUGUCUGGGUCAUUUUUCUUUAGUCCCAAACUUGCUCCUGGAUUCUGGCCCAACCUGCCUUCGUUUCCUCAACAUARCAAUCUCACUCCCAUUUCCGGGACUUUGCAUAUGCUGUUCUCUUUUUCGCAGAAUGCUCUUCCCUACCCUUUGAAAGUUCUUCAGACCCUUGUCUUCAAUAUCACCUCCUCAGAGAGRCCUUCCCUGACUACUGGACUUGAAUAGUUAAUUGACUAUUGUUUACCUUUCUGUGGAGAUUGCCAUUGUAUAAUCACAUACCUUGUUAGUUAACUGUUGGCUCCACUGGAGUGUAAGCUUCAUGACACCAGGGACUGCGUGGUCCGCUCUCCACUCUGUACCCAAGACCCAGCCCUAUGCCUGCCUUAUUGGUGGUGCCCAGUGAAUCUUUGUUGAAUAAAUGAAUUAAGGAGGUGCGAAGCCUGUUCUCAUGCUGUGGAUGGUACAGGCUGCCCUAGGGGUAACCCCCAUCACUGGCUAACUUUGGGGACAGGCAGGAGACAAAGGAAGAGCCAGGGCCAAGGGACUGGAAAUUAUGGCAAAAUGGUCAGGAGGCCCUGGCYAGAGGCGGGCAUGAGCAUGUCCACUCUGGAGUACACACUGUCAGGCAGGCUGUCCCUUCCAGCAGGUAUUGUUCUCCACUCUUGGCUUGACUCCUCGCUGGAGUUGGCUCCCAACAAAUCCAACAAACAUUCAUGGAGGUCUGCUCCAUGCCAACCAGGCCUGGCGGAGCCAAAGGUGACAGGGACACAGGUCUGCUCCAUGCCAACCAGGCCUGGAGGAGCCAAAGGGGACAGGGACACAGGUCUGCUCCAUGCCAACCAGGCCUGGUGGAGCCAAAGGUGACAGGGACACAGGUCUGCUCCAUGCUAACCAGGCCUGGCAGAGCCAAAGGGGACAGGGACACUAUUGCUCUCGGGUUUGGAGAAUAGUGUAUUCUCAGGUGUGAGUUGGUGAGGUGGGAGUGGAGAGGCCCGUGGAGUAGGCUGAGAGCCACAGAGUGGCGGUAUGUGCCUCUGCCUAGAGAGGUCAUGGGGAAGGGGCAAAAGGAAGCCUUCCCAGAGGAGCAGGAAGGGAAGCUUCCCAUCAGCAGAGUGACCCCUUAGGUGGAAAGUCAGAGAGGCUCAUACAGGGGAGCUGUAGAGCGGCUCGAGGUUGAAUGCAGAUCCUCAGGGGCAAGCUUGGGCACUGAAGCCUGACUUCCUUAUUAGACCCUUAUUCAUGAGUUGUAGCCUUGGGCAAAUUCCUUAACCUCCUUGAACUUCAACUUUCCCAUCUGUAAAACAGGGAUGAUGGGCUAAUGGCUACUGUUAGUUGAAUGGUAACUUUAAUUUUUUUAAAUUUGUUUUAAUUAGUUAUACAUGACAUUGCAAUGAUCUUGACAUAUCAUACAUUUGA